UCAUUCUUGAAAUGAAAUGAUUUCAUAUUUAUUUAUUCAAAAUUAAAAAUUAUAUUGAAGUGAAUUGUUUUAAAAAUAACUUUUGGAAUGUUGGAUUUAAGAACAUUGGUAGUCUAUUUGGCUAUAGUUACUUUAUUAUGGCAAAUUCCAAUAACCAAUUCUCGAACAUCAACAUUGUGGAAAUUAAAUGAAAAUGGAAAAAUUACUGGAUAUGCGGAUGAAGGAAAGGAUGUUCUUCUGUCUCAUACAAUGGAAAAAAAAUUAAAAGAAGAUGAUAUUUUUAACAUAAUAACAUCUACUGUGGUUACAUAUGGAAAUUCUUGGAGCAAACAGUCAAUUGAAAAAAAUUGUGACGGUCUAAUUUGUGAUAUAGAUGAGAAAUUACAGAAAAAGGAAGAGCCAGUAAAAAAUUCUUCAAUAAAUUCUAAUAAGCAAUCAAAUGACAGUGUCGAUGCCACAGUAGAUUCUACUACAACAAUUCUUACAAAAAACAAUAAUAAAAGAGAAUCUUCUGGCGAUUUAUUAGAUUGUGGUAAACCAGUCAAUUUUACGUACUAUGAUUAUCUAAUUGGUGUCGCGAAUCGAUUUAGUCACCCAUUAACGCCCGAACCGGAUGUGGCUUACUUAUUUAUGAAAAACCCCGAUGAACGUUCUUUACGAUCGUUUGAUAUUAAUUUAUUAGAGAAACGUUUAAAACGUGCAAAAAAGGAAAAACCACGUUCAGUUAAUUUAUAUAAUCAAAUUGGUAAUUAUUGGCGUAUUAAGGGUGAUCCACGUUUAUCCAUUGAAUGUUUUCGACGUGCUCUUGCGAUAACACCAACAAAUGCGGAAGUAUUACUCAAUUUGGCUGGUGUACUAUUUAAUUUGCAAUAUUUAGAUGAUGCAAUACAUUUGACACGAAGAUCACUUGAAGUUCAACCCCCAGAUCGUAGUGCAUGGCGACAAUAUUUAACCCUUGGUGAAAUUUUUAAAGCGUAUGGCCAUUUUCAGGAAUCUAUGUUACAUUUAAGACAUGCAUUAGAGCUCUCAUCACCAUUACAACAUGAACCAAUAUUAAAAGUUUUACGAGAGGUGGAAAGUUUACCUUCAUCACCUUUACAUGCUUAUACUGUAAUUAUAAUACUUGCAUUGGUCAUUGCGGUUUUUAUUGUUAUAAUAACAUCAACUGAUUCAGAAAGUACAAAUUCCCAAUCAGAAUUUGAACCAAAAAGGCAUUUUAACCGUGCAAUGGCUAUGAGAUCUUUGAAAGGAUUUUCUUCACGCCAUUUUAAGCAUAGAAAAUAUUAAAUGUAAGAGAAAUAGAAAAAAAAAAAACAAAACAAAACAAGAAAAAAUAACCUUUUCAAUUGUAAUGUAAGGUUUUAAAAAUUAUGUAUUAAUAUAUAUUUCAAAAUAUAUAUACACAAAAUACAUAUUUAUAUAAUAAUAUGUUUAAAUGUAUAAUAUAUUUCAUCAAAUAUUUUUGAUUCAUUUCUUUUAAGCAUGAAUUUUGUCAUUAAUACCAUCAACCAGAGAAACAAUAUUAAAUAAUUUUCUUUGUGUUAAUCAUUUAUGCGUUAUGUAUUAAUAUAAAAAAAUAUGAAAAAAAAAAUUAAUGAAAAAAUUAGCAAUUUAAAAAACUUCAUACAAAAGAAAGUUAUAACUUAUAAUAAAAACGAAAGAAGGAAAAUUUUUUUUUUGGCUCAUAUGAGUUAUUAAUUAAGGGUUAACAAAAGAAGGAAAGGAGAAAAAAAAAAGAAAACAAUUUUAUGUUUUAUUUUUUUUUUUAAUUUUUUUUAUUAAUCAAAAAAAUAUCUUUUAAAAUAAGAUUUGUUUUUACAGUGUAAAAAUAAUAAUAAUUUUUUUUUUCUUAAAUUUGUAAAUGUGAUAUGUUUUUAUAAGGAAACUUUUAUUUUAAUAAUUAUCGAAUAAUAAACUUAUAUUGUCUUUUUAAUUUAUGAAAUAAUUAUAAAUAAAAAUACUCCCCUUUUAGUUUGUAUUUCAUUUUAUUAAUUAUUAUUAUUAAAAUUAUAUUAAUGAAUAAUUAUAUUAAUUGUGAGAUUUUAAUACUUAUUUGUUUUUUUUUUUUUUUUGAAUAAUAAUUUUAUUUUAAAUAAUUUGUGAAACUUGAAACCAAAUUGUACUUACAUACAUUUAUACGUAGCUAUAUAUAAAAAAAAAUAUAAUAUUUUCAGUGGCCAUUUUGAUUCCUCUUGUUUAAAUUUAUUUUUAUACAAAAGCUUGUUUUUUAUUUUUCAUUAUAUAAUUUUAAUUGCUUUUGUUUUGAAACACCAUAAUUAUUUAAUUUAUUAAUAAAUUUUAUAAAUAAAAACUAUUUCUUAGCAAAUUAACUGAAAUUGUAUAUAACAGUAUUUUUAAAAAUGUUAAUAACAUUAAC